UUAGCGUGAUGAUCAACUAACAUGUGUUAUGUACUGGUUGUUUCGCAAGAGACGCUACUGUUCGCCGAGAAAAUAAGUUCAAUGAUUGAAGGUAGUUGUUUGAGAGAAUUUCAAAAAUUAACUACUUUAGGUAACAAACUGGAAAUGUGCUCGACCCGAGAGGACGACUGAUGAACAGUUUUUGUGUUAAGCGGCUGCUCCACUUUGAUUAAAGAUCCUGUAACACUAAUUACAGUGUACGUGUGUAACAAUGGCAUCUAGCUGUUUUGAUUUAAGAGGUGGGGGAUCAGGGGGGAUCUUGUCAAAAGAGGAAGCCCUGCAAUAUUGGAGGGGCCAUAAACGGACCAAAAGUGCCGGUAGCAAUACUUCACGAGACCUGUCCUUAUACACUAGCAUGGGUUUGUACAGCCACCACGGUGAAACCAACGUGCGUGCUACAGAGACAUCAACGAGUGAACUAUCUCACAUGACUUGCAACAGUGUAUACGAAUUUGUGAAAGUAACUGACAAGGCAGAACGUCUGCAUUUACAGAAGGAGCUCAGAGAAAAAGAAGAACUGGGUGAAAGGGACUGUGGCAUAUUGAAUUUCCGUCCAUUAUGUCUUCAGCGAUUUGCCAGAAUAAAUAUGUUUGUCCUCCUUGCUUGUAUUUUGGUCACUCUGCAACAAGCACUUUCCUCGGGCUACUUCAACAGUGUAAUCACCACAAUAGAGAAGAGAUUUGAUAUCCCCAGCAGGAUCUCGGGAGCUAUAGCAAGUACCUUUGAAGUUGGUAACUUGUUGGCCAUUAUCUUUGUCAGCUAUUUUGGUGGUCACCGGCAUAUUCCUGUCUGGAUAGGAAAGGGAAUCUUGGUUAUGAGUGUUGGAUCAAUGGUCUUCUCUUUACCAUAUUUUCUUGACCAAUCAGGUUCAUUUUCUCGUAGCAAGUUUGGGAAGAAUUCAUCCAAUAUUUCAGAUGAGAACACUUGUCAAGUGUCUCCACCAAUCCAGCCACAUCAUCUGGGAACAAGCCAUUUUGCUAUACAACCACCACGUCCAGAUCUCAAUUCCCCAUCAUGCAUUGAGGGAAGUUCUUUCAACAUACUUUACAUUCUGAUUUUCAUGUUGGCACAGAUUCUGAUUGGCUGUGGGGGUACUCCCAUUUUUACUCUUGGAACCACGUAUAUUGAUGACCACGUGAGGAAAGAGAGUUCUUCCUUAUAUAUUGGGUGCAUGUACAGUACGGUGGCUUUUGGCCUUGUCUGUGGCUUCCUGCUUGGAGGUUACCUGCUUUCCAUUCCCGAGUCUGUAAUUCUAUACGGCAGCGUACCAACCAGCAACUCUGAGUGGGUGGGAGCAUGGUGGGCGGGGUUCCUCCUCUUUGGUUUCUUAUUGAUGUUGGUAAGUAUCAGUUAUUUAAAGUUACUUCUGCCUCCAAGAUUGAG